GCCGAUUUCUGACGUUUUCCCGCGCGAAACGCUGUCAAGAUUUUGACGUUUUUUGACAGCUGUUUAAAAAAAUAAAGGUGUUUAGUGCCAGUGUUUUUUUUUUUAAUAAAUGUUUAAAAGACAUGUGAUUCGUGUAUUGUGAAAUACUUAAUAAAAUUCAAUUGUGAUGUGAAAAAGUGUUGUAUUUAUUGGUUUAAAGAUUUUAAUAAUAAUACCCACCGACAAACGUAUUAAAGAUGUCAAGUUACGGCAGCACCACACCACCAGACGAUGGGUUUGAUAGAUACGAAACCCCAUAUUAUUGUCAACAAACACAUCAAGGUAGCCCGAUGGAUGGUGGCGUGUAUUGGCCUGGAUCAAAUGAAGUUCAUGAGUUCGAUUCCCAGGAUAUGUAUCAUGAUACAAAUAAUUAUAUUGGCAGGAAUUAUGGUUAUGAAGAAAUGCAAAUGGCAAACGAGCCCUACGACUUCCAUCACAAUAUAAUUCAUCAUAACUAUUCACAAAACAGUGCAGGUAUCGAAUGCGACAUGCAAUCCCUCCCCCGAUACGAUAGAGCGCCGCCAUCUUUUGUCCGCGUUGUCAAACGACGAACAACAGCCAACAAGAAAGAGAGAAGGCGAACGCAGAGCAUUAACACAGCGUUCACGGAUUUGAGGGAAUGUAUUCCUAAUGUACCUCCAGAUACGAAAUUGUCCAAGAAGGAAAGACGGCGGACUGAAAGCAUAAAUACAGCAUUUACAGACCUCAGAGAUCGUAUUCCUAACGUACCACCUGAUACCAAAUUGUCCAAGAUAAAAACGCUCCGACUCGCGACAUCAUACAUUUCCUACUUAUUGAAAGUACUGGAGAGCGAUGGGGAGCCAGCUGGAGGGUUCAGAGCUGAAUUACAUCAUACACCGCCUAGACGACGUGCUGUUGAUCAUAGUCAGAAUGCAACAGACAAAAAAGGCAAAGGGCGAACCGGGUGGCCGCAACAUGUAUGGGCGUUGGAACUGAAGAGCGAACAAAACUUACAAAGUUAAAAAUUAAAAAAGCGUGUGUCCGAAGUGAAACUUCUUUGUCAAGCUUCAAAGAUACCAAAAUCGUCGACUCCAUGACGUGACGGUAUUGCCAUGACGUGACCUUGAAAUUUUACUCUCGCGCAAAGAAGUUUCACUUCACAAAUUAGGAAUAAUUUUUCCAGUCUUUGUUAUAUUUUAAUUCUAGUCUAGCUAUAUUUGUAAAUAAAUGUAAAUUUAUAUUAAUAACUAAGAAUACAACUUAUUUACUUUAUUACCUAAGUUACUUAUAACAGCUAUCUAUCAGUGAGAGUUCCAUCAAAAUAGAGCGAACAUUUUUUC